AUGGGGCUAGGCGCGGGGCUAGGUACGGGGCCGAGCGCGGGCAAGAGACGGGUGCCGGGCGCGAGGCUAGGUCACGUGUCCAUGUGCGCUGCGUAUGGGAAGGUUGCUGCGAGCGCGGCGAGGAAGGAGGGAGACACUGAUGAGAAGACGGCGAUUGCGGCACAGGCGUUAUCGGCCUCCGCUUGCACCGUGUGGUGCUUAGUCAAGAACGACGACGCCCAGGUGGUCGAUGCUGUGGGCGAAGGGAAGGCAGCGGCGAUGGUGGUCGGUGCGAGCGAGAAGACCGCCGAUGUCUUCAAGGAGGUUAUGCAAGCGGUGGUGGAGGCUGAGAUCGACGGGGAGCAACCCCUCGGGGAGGUUGCGCACAACGUCGCGCCGGCGCUGCAGAGUCUCGCUCUGCACCGGGUCUAUCUGGGGGUGGAUCAUGAAGUCGAAGCCGACGUGAUCGCUAGAGCGACGGUGGAGACCUUGGCGUUCUGGGGAAUGUGCCCCGUCGCCGGGCCGAAACUCGAAGAGAUCGGCAUCGCGGUGCCGUGUGAAGCGCAGAUGGAGUACGAUAUUGAACACAGGGGGAGGAAGGGGCAGAGGGGCAAGCAGGGCAAGGACAGCACGAGGAAGAAGGGCAGGAAGGGCAAGGACAGCACGGCGGUGUAG